GUAACGUAGUGAGAAUGACCAUCUAGAUUUUAAUUAGAUUGAGUGAAUCCUAUUGUAACACCGUCAUGCUUGACCGAAGACACCAUACUGGCUUCAAAACAGGUUUUGCUGGUGAGGUAUUGCAUUGGGUAUUUAAUGAAAUUGAAAACCGUGGUUACGUAAGAUUCCAUUGAAAAUGUAUACUGUACCUGUAAUGGACCCAGGUUACCUUGGACUUUUACAAUCCAAGGACAUACUGUAUACAAUGCCCAAUAUUAACAAAUCCAAUGGCAAAAUGUAUUUCCUUUCAAAAAAAUCCAGAGCCAUUUCUGGAACUAGCAUCAUUAUAAAAAUAAAACAAGUUGUUUAUCCAUUUUUCUGAAAGGUACUGCUAUCAAUAUUUUACCUGAGUAUUGAUUAUUAGUACCAAAAAAUCAUUGACACAUGUACCUACCCACUCUGAAGUGGUCUGUUGUUACAUAGGGUAGGUGAGUUUGCAACACUGAAAGUUAAAAUCUAAAAUGUAUUUUUAGAUUCAAGUAUAGGAGUACCUUUGUAAAUGUCAUAUGGCUACCCAUAGAAAAGUAUAAUUUUAUACCUGUAUUGAGAUAGAUUUUCUUAAAGUUUUUACCUAUUCUUGCUGUAAAUGAACCAACCAGUUUGGUUUAUUAGGAACAGUUGGUAGGCCUUUGUGAAUACAAGAGUGUUCCAUUUUCAAAAGAAAUUCAGGUAAAACCAUAGCUAAUCUCGCAAACACCAUGGUGUUUGUACAAACUAUUUCAGUAGCAAGUAAUAUUAACUGGAAGUCUGUUCAUGAACCUAUUAAUCGUCUAUCUACUGCAUGUAUAUACGCGUGUAUCCAGGGACAUACAUAGAGGGAUUAUUAGAGACUCCACUGGUUUGGAGACUGACGUACAAUUGUAGCUCACGCUUUUAUAUUUGUGUGCUGAGCCGUGAAGUGUUAGUGUUACCACUCCAGGAUUUGGAGGUUCUGCUAUGCAGGAGGGAUCGAAAGACAACAGAAACAGAAGGUGUGAUUACCACUAUAUCACUUCAACUAUACCAGCAGACAUUAGAGGUGAAAACAAUACCCAAGAUGUCCUACAGUCAAAUUACGUUCAGUCGUGUGAGGGAAUUUUUGAUGAACGCGAACGAUUCAAAUCUUGAAAGAAGAACUCCGAUGGGUGCACCGCCAACUGUCAUGAUGUUUCAGUUUCCAGCUUCACCUAAAGACAAUUACAACGAGGUCUAUCCUGGAAUAAUCAUUGGUGAUAAAGAAUGUAGCAAGAAUAAAAGACAUCUGAAGGCUAUAGGAGUGACACAUGUAGUCAACUGUUGUCAAGGGAUCAAACCGAACCAGAUUAACACUGAUGUCACUUAUUUCCGUGACUCUGGCAUAGCAUUCCACGGAAUACAAGCAAUGGAUCAUAGCUCCUAUAAUAUGACUCCUCAUUUCAACAUGGCUGCUAAAUUCAUUGACAAAGCAUUAGAAUCUAAUGGUAAAGUCUAUGUACACUGUAUGAUGGGAAUAAGUCGAUCUGCCACCAUUGUUCUGGCUUUUCUCUUGCUGAAGAGAAACCUACGCCUGAUGGAGGCCGUUAAGAUGAUCCGGGCCAAACGAGAAGUGUUUCCAAAUGAAGGAUUUAUCAGACAACUUUGUAUACUGGAAAGUACUAUACAUGAAUCACCUUAGAUUAUGAUUGUGUUUAUAACUUCAUUACAUAAAUCUGCUAAAUAGCAAGAAAGGAAUACCGGAACAAAGUCUGUGAAAGUUGACAAUCAAUGUAAGGUUGUCAAAGAAAUUUUCUUGUUUAAAAUUUACUAACUUUGACAGCUGCUUUAAAAGUUAUCCGAUGGUUAACAUUUUCAGUGUGGCUAAAAGUUUUAAGCAAAACAGACAUAUUUUUGCAAGCAUUAUGAAAUAGACAAUUAUUUUUCUCUGUUAUUUUUAUUUUAAAGAUAUCUAUAUUUCACAAAUUUCUUCUUCGAUACAUUUGUUGGUUUUCUUAUCUAUUUUUUUGUCCUUGAAAAUUUCAAAACAUUCGUGCCUCUAGUAAAGUAACAUUAAAGUUUAUAGUGCCUUGGUUAUAUCAGAUUAUAUAUAUAUUUAAAACAUUGAUCAUUCAAAUUUUCAUUCAGUUUCAGGUUUGUCAAUUUUUUUUGCAUUAGUUUUGUAUCUGUUUAAUCACUCUGAGUGACACUUGUGAGUUUUAUCAUCAUUAGAUUUGUGGAAACCAUACAUUGUUUUAUUACAUAUACAUUUAUUGAUAAGAUUAAACUGUGGGUAAAUGAUUAUGCAUUAUCAGGCAAUGGUUGAAAUCUUACUCUUGAAAAAUAACCAAAAAACAAAAAUGCUCCACUGAUUUACUACCUCUAGAGAAAUAUUUUUUUUGUACUUGAAUAUAUCUCUUAUUUUUAUGUUCCAUACAUUUUUAUGGAAGGGGUCAGGGGUGGAGGCAUAUUGUGUUACCUUAUAAGACAUGUCUUGUUGUGUUGCGUUCAGUUCCUUUCUGAAUCAAUGACAUAUGUUGAGAACAGAUUUGGUCCUUUUUUUGCACAUAGUAUCAGAAUACCCCUAGACCCCUUCUCCAUGGGAUGCUUUGUGAUAUAUGAGUGGGGCCAUCACGUCCUCCAGAUAUAUGACAAUUAACACAUAUUUUUAUAACAUCAUCUAUGCAUACGCUGCCUUCCAGAAUGAUUGAAAAAAUGUUAAAAAGAUAUAUCGUAAGAUUACACCCAUGAUUUUACCAUUCAAAAAAUUAUGUUAUUCUGUGAAAGAUUAACAAUAUUUCUAAAAAGACAUCAUUUUACAAAAAUGUUGCAUUUGUGGAUUAUUGAUAUAUAUAUCAAAUAUUGAUGGGCUAAAAAAGCAUUACCAUAAGAAAUUAACAGACAAAAUACAACACACAAUAUUCUAAAGAUAAUUCCUGAAUUU